GCUCGCUCCUUCCCGGUAGACGACAUCCCAAGAGAAAAGAGACGGGACCAGCAAGAGAGAUACUGCGGAUAUCAAUUGAGCCCUGACGACGGCGGGGUCCUACAUUUACAACCGCCCUCUCUCUCCCUCCCUUCCUCCCUCCUACCACUACCCACUACUCGUUUCCUUUUUAUCCAUUGCCUCGUUUUGCCCUUUUUUUUGGCGUUCUUUGUUUUGUUUAACUUGAUUUGGAACGUCCACAAAUAAACCGUCAAAAACGAUGCGGCCGCAAUUCCUCCGUGGGGCGGCCAGAUCGAGGAGGCAGCAGCUCUCCCCCUCCCCGCGCCACCAGUGCGGCAGAUUCGGUUACAUUUACGGCUCCAACAGCUGUGCGGCGGGGGCGGGGAGGUCAAGGUCGUUCGCGACUACAGCGCCGCGGCCGGCGGAGGUGGAACUUACUAUUGAUGGGAAGAAGGUCUCGAUAGAAGCUGGUUCAGCUUUGAUUCAAGCGUGUGAGAAGGCGGGUGUCACAAUUCCUCGAUAUUGUUAUCAUGAGAAACUCUUGAUUGCAGGAAAUUGUCGAAUGUGUCUAGUCGAGGUCGAGCGAGCACCCAAACCGGUCGCAUCAUGCGCAUGGCCAGUCCAACCAGGAAUGGUCGUCAAGACCAAUUCCCCCCUCACACACAAAGCGAGAGAAGGUGUCAUGGAAUUCCUCCUCGCCAACCAUCCCCUGGACUGCCCAAUCUGUGACCAGGGAGGUGAAUGCGACCUACAAGACCAAUCAAUGAGAUAUGGCGCAGACCGUGGACGAUUCCACGAAGUAGGAGGCAAGCGCGCUGUGGAAGAUAAAAAUAUUGGACCGUUGAUCAAGACCUCGAUGAACCGGUGUAUUCAUUGCACACGCUGUGUCCGCUUUGCAAAUGACAUAGCUGGUGCCCCGGAACUAGGAACUACCGGCCGAGGAAAUGAGAUGCAGAUUGGCACUUAUUUGGAAAAGAAUCUGGAUUCGGAAUUAUCUGGUAACGUUAUUGAUCUGUGCCCUGUCGGUGCUCUGACGUCGAAACCAUAUGCCUUCCGAGCCCGACCUUGGGAGCUCCAACAUACUGAAUCUAUCGACGUUCUGGAUGCUGUGGGAUCGAACAUUCGUGUGGAUUCCCGUGGAAUGGAAGUCAUGCGCAUUCUGCCCAGAUUGAACGAUGAUGUCAAUGAGGAAUGGAUCAAUGAUAAGACUCGAUUUGCCUGUGAUGGACUCCGAACUCAACGACUCACCACUCCCUUGGUCAGGAAAGAUAACAAAUUCGUCCCUGUUACCUGGGAGCAGGCCCUGGCAGAGAUCGGAGGCGCGUUCCGCCGGCUUGCACCCAAGGCCAAUGAAUUCAAAGCUGUCGCCGGACAUCUUGUCGAGACCGAGUCCCUGGUUGCCAUGAAGGACCUCGCCAACAAGCUUGGAUCCGAUAAUCUGGCUCUUGACCAACCGGGCGGCAGCGCUCCCAUUGCACACGGCAUCGAUGUACGAUCAAACUACCUCUUCAACUCCAAAAUCUACGGUAUAGAAGAAGCCGACGCCAUCCUCCUCGUCGCCACCAACCCCCGCCACGAAGCUGCUAUCCUCAACGCCCGCAUCCGCAAGCAGUACCUUCGCUCAGACCUCCAAAUCGGUCUCGUCGGCGAAACCUUCGACAGCACCUUUGACUUCGAGCAUCUCGGCACCGCAGCCUCAAAUCUCAAAUCCGCCCUCGCAGGCCCCUUCGGCAAGACCCUCGCUGCCGCUAAGCGACCUAUGAUCAUUGUCGGCUCCGCUGCCGCCGAACACCCAGACGCAAAGGCUAUCUUCGAAACCGUCGGUGGCUUCGUCGACAAAAAUGCUGCUACCUUCAACACCCCUGAAUGGCAAGGUUACAACGUCCUGCAGCGUGCCGCCUCGCGUGCCGGUGCCUACGAAGUCGGCUUCACCACGCCCUCUCCAGACGUCGCCGCCACAGUGCCAAAGAUGGUCUGGCUCCUUGGUGCCGACGAGAUCGCUGAGGCAGACAUCCCCAGGUCCGCAUUCGUCGUCUACCAGGGCCACCACGGUGACCGCGGCGCCCAGCUUGCCGACGUCGUCCUCCCUGGUACCGCCUACACCGAGAAAUCCGGCACAUAUGUCAACACCGAGGGUCGAGUCCAGAUGACACGGGCCGCCACCUCUCCGCCCGGCGCGGCCCGCGAUGAUUGGAAGAUCAUCCGCGCUGCCAGCGAGUUCCUCGGCGCACCGCUACCGUACGACGAUGUAGAGAUGCUACGGGAUCGGAUGGAGAUGAUCUCGCCCGCGCUGCGUCGGUAUGAUGUUGUGGAGAACACCUCUGCUAGCGUGAGUGCGUUGAGUAAAGUGCAGCUUGUGGAUCAGAAUAAGGGUGCCGUGGCAGGGAACGAGCCAUUUAAGAGAGCUAUUGAGAACUUCUACUUUACGGAUUCGAUAUCGAGAAGCUCCCCGACAAUGGCGCGUUGCUCAGCUGCCAAGGAGACCGGAAAUCCAGAUAAUAACUUCAUGAUUGGGAGUGCGGUGGAGGAGCAACAGCGCCUUGGCGGUGCGUCGAGUGCAUAAACUGGUAAUAUAGGUCCCAUCCCCCAUUUUUCUCACUGUAUUUAUUUUUUAUUUUUUUUUAUCUUCUUUUUUUUAUUACUUUCCAGUCCAGUCCAUUCCAUUUUUUUGUUUGAGACAAAAUCAAAGAGCAGAGCAAAGCAAAAACAAUACAAUACAAUACAAUACAAUACAAAACAAACAAAUUAGCAAGCUAUUUCCCCUUUUUUUUUUCCCCCUUUGUUAGCAUUUGUUUCUUCGGUUGAAUCGUUUAACUUUAAGCUGUUUCUUUUGGUUCAUCAGUGUCUCCCUUUGCACCUACGGAAUGUAUAGUGACCCUUCUCCCACGCCAGUUUAUCCGGGAUGAUAAGUUUCGCUCUCUCUCUAUAUCCCUCUCCUUCACCCACUUUUUUGUUUUUUUUGUUUGUUU